UUUAUAGGAGACGACUUAGGUACAUAUUUUCUUCGUGAAAGUAUAUUAAGAAAUGAACAGAUAACAAGUCCAAGCUUAGGAUGGUUACUACCUUCAAAAUUAUUUUGGAAAGAAACAGAAAUUUUGAUACAAUCGGAUUUAAAGAAUUACACAUUGAAUAAUUUACAACAAUAUUUCAUAGACAUAGGCAUUCCUAACGCUUGGGAAUUCAAAAAAGACAAUGAGAAAUAUCAAUUAGAUUUUACAGCACCAGGUGUUGAAGUACAUUGCUUAUAUGGCAGCAAAGUGCAAACUGUGGAAAAGUUGUAUUAUAAACCAGGCACAGCUAUAGAUGGCUAUCCUCAAUUAAUAUUUGGAGAUGGAGAUGGAACUGUAAAUAUAAGGAGUUUGGAAGCAUGUGCACAUUGGCAGAAAUCACAGAAACAAAAAAUUUAUUAUCAAGAUUUUCCUAAAGUAGAUCAUACUAACAUCUUAAAAAAUCCUGAUAUUUUAGCAUACAUUGCGACAGUUUUAAAAGUGUAACAUGGUUAUAAUAUUGAUUUUUAUUAGACACAAAAGGAUGCAACAAAUUAGGUAACAUUAAUAUCUUAAUAUUUUUUUAUUUGGUUUUGAUAUAAAUUAACAUCCAAAUAUAAUAAAAAAGUGACACUAAAUGUGAAAAUAUUGAGAAAUUGAUUAAAAUUGUAAGAAAUUUAUUCGAAUAAUGUUUUUACUUAACCAACAAAAUAAUUUUCUGUAAAAUUAAAGUUGAAUGAUUCAUUUAUUAUGAGAAAUAAGUCAUUGUAAUUGAAAAUAUAUUUUUAUUAACUACAUUGUUCAUUAAAAUAUAUCAUUACAUAACGUGCCACCAAUUCAAUCAGAAAUAUUAUAAAGUAGUGCAAUUACAAAAAAACACUUUGUAAAUAUCAAUACUUCCACUCAUUAACUCUCUCACCUCAUAUCCUAUAAAUAUAAUACUAUAUUUCCUCUUUAUACAUAUAUAUUUUUAUACUCGGUACAUAUGUACACGUCUAUCCAUUUUUACGUUGUACUAAUUGUAUGAUCUCACACGAAACAAAGAUGUAAUUAAUAUGACUAGUGAUGUAUAAUAAUUAUAUUCACGUCAAGUCUCUCCAUAUUAUAUACAAUAGUGUAUGUGUAUAUUUAAUAGCUGAUACAUAGCACAGUUAGAAUAACAAUGAAAUCCUAGUUCCACAGUUUACAAGUCACAAACCCAUUUUAUCAUAAACAUGUCAAUGUUGUAUUUACAUCUUUAUUUAUAGUAUGCAAUAAACGCUUAUGAUGGUUUAGAAUAGUAUUU